GUUUUAAUUCAAAUUCUACAUACACCUAAAGAGUGGAAAGAAUAAUUGAAAAGUGAAAUAAAUUGUGGGAAUAUUGUAAAGUUAUAUGAGUUUUACGUUGGGCAUAUUAUAUCGCCAAUAAUUUAUAUAUUCUCAGUAUAAUUGAAGAUAUUAGUUAUUUAAAGAAAACUAAUUGAAAUACGUACAUUUUUAUGAUAGGCGUCACACUUAGAUUUUUUACUCAUUAAGUGUCUUUCAACAAUGAAUGCAAACGCAUUCGAUGAACCACAAAAACAAUACCCAAUCUUUUCUGACAUAGUCGUAUCUUUUGAUACGAAUGAGACGAAAUAUGAAAAACAGCAGUCCAGUGACAUGUGUAACUAUGGUCUCAAUAUUAAAAAGGAAAAAAAAAUGAUUGUGGAGGAAAAAAUAAAAACGGAGACUGAAACUCAAAUAAACCAACUUCUCGGUUCCGUAACAACACACAAUUGUCCUGGAACACGAACAAGUGCACGUGUUAUACAAAAAAUGAAACAAGAUCAAUCACGGCCUUUAACGCCACCACCCAAUGACAUUAAAAAAGAUGACAAAGCUAUUCAAAAGACACCAUCACAAAUACGUCCAACAAAAUCAUCAUGGACUAAUUUUGAACGAGACUACUUUUUUGACGCUUUAAAUGAAUACAGUAAAGACUUCGAAGCAAUCGCAAAUUUUAUAAAUUCAAAAUUAAAACGAAAGAGUUCAACCGAGAGCUGUAAAACAAAAGACCAAGUCAGGCAACAUUAUUAUCAAACUUAUCACAAAAUAUGCAAAUACAUAAAGUUUUCUGAAGAAAUAAAAAAACCAGUGCAAGAGAUGUAUGCUUUAAUUAAUUAUGGUGAAAUGCGUCGUAAACUUCAGUUUGUCACAGAUAAAAAUUUCAUGAAACUAAAAAUUCUUGUUUAUCAAGGCCAUGUUACAGUCAGAAGUAAAGGAAAAAAUGUACGCAUUAAAACACCCUCUUGUAAAGCACUACGAAAAGUUAAUCAACUAGAUGAUACACUGGAAGAUAUCCGUCUUCCAACGAAAAUAGAUGUAAUAGUUACGCCAGCUAAAAUGGAGGCAUUUAGCAGAGUUCAGUCAAUUGCACAAAAUCCGCGUGCACGUAUUACAGUACCGCUUCAUAAAAAGCUAUUUAAUUUUAUUAAAGCAUUUCAAUAUAAAUGGAAAAGUACUGAAUUAAAAUUAACCGAAAAUGACACCAAACUAGGUCAAUCUUUAGUAGAUUACGAAAUUUGUUUUUUACCAAAACCUGAUGUCCCUAUACAUCGUCCUUUACUAAGCAUUACAGAGUAUUUAAGUAGCAGUAAUUUAAGUUUAAGUUCCUAUGAAGAUCGCAUUGGUGUAACAGUUCGUAGUGAAGAAUUAUUAAAUCAAGAUCGAGUUUCGAAUAAACGAUUACGUACAGAUAGUAACUCCGAAAAACGUUCUCCAGAAGUAAAAAAAUUAAAAAUUGAUAAAAGUGAUCUGCACAAUACUGAAAUGACAACAAGUAAAGAUGAUAUAAAUACAUUUAAUCAAGAAUUAGAGGUUUUAAAUAUUAAAUCUGAAAGUAGUGGGGACGAAUUAAGUGAUGAAAUAAAUGAACUUCUCACUAAUACAGACAUACCUAAUAAGUCUUUUUCAACUACUUUUGAAAAUACUAAAAAUGAAAUAUAUUCUCCCUCCACAAAUGUAAAAUCGAAACGUUACACAAAUGCCAAAAAUCCCCGAUUUGCACUUAACUAUAAACCAUUAAUAAAUGAUGGUGUAAUAAAACGUAUAAGAAGAGGCUGGACCGUGUCAUCAGCGGGUGAUUUGACUAUAGGUGAUUUGUAUGUAGUAUUAGGACAGGAUUCAAAACUGGAAUUAGAUUAUUAUUGGACUAAUGUACCUUGCGUAAAUUCUAAAAAUAAUACAACCAUAAACGAACCAGCUGUAUCAAUUCAAAAAGAAAUAGCGCCAUUUAUGCAAAAAAUUAAUGGCAUUCCAUAUAAUCCUCAUGAAUGCGAAGAUACUAAUUUGUUAAAUACAAUUUCUACUGCACACGUAAAUAAUAAGCUGAAACAUUUACUUCUUAUUGCGAAUCUUAGUGAGCGUAUUCGAAAGCGCCAGUGCUCUUGUGGCCACUUUUGUGACCGAAACUCAAUUAAAGCUAGAUUUGAACGUGAUAUUGUUGCUAAGACUUUCAUAUCAAAUAAAACAUAUGCAGCUAAUAGUGAAAAAGGAUCAAAAAGCAUUUUUCGCCAACCAGUAGUACCCGCGCGAAAACCUCUUAAUUUGCAUCAUGCAAAGUUUCAAAAUCAACAACCUACAUUUAAAACUUCCCAACAUGAUACUAAAAAUGUAUCCAUCAAUUUAAAUAAAUAUCAAAAUGGAAAUCAUUCUCUUCCAAAUGAAAAAGACAGUUCACAUACAAAUGCGGACUUCGUUGAAGAAGAAACUGCUGGCCAAGAAAUUACUAUAACUACAACCUCCAAUGAAACUUCAUCAUCGAAUAUUUCAGGUGUUUGCAACAUUCAAAUAACUGUUAAUAAUCCGAUUGUGCAGAGUGAAAAUAGUUGUACGAACACAUUUAGUUAUACUGAAUCCAAUCAAAUAACCAAUACAGAGACAUCACGAGCAAAUAACACCACUAUAAAGGCACCGACAUACAUAUCUAAUAAUAUUAUUUUUGAAGAUAAUGCAACAAACAUAUUCAAUGAGUCCUUUAGUCCAUCUCAUUUACUACGCGAGUCAACCUCAAAUUCUCGGUGGUUAGAAGAAAAUCUAAAUGAUUAUUCUCUUACCAGCCUCUUAGGACACUUAGACGAAAUAAACUCCAAUCGUGACAUAUUGGAUCCAUCUUCGAAUAUCUCAGUAAUAAGUGAAAGCAGUGUUGACUACAGACACAAAUUCCAAGAAAUCGCUGCUUUAAUGCAAUCUCAAGAUAAAGAAUAAGUUUUAAUUAUGUGAUUAUUAACAAUCACAUAUUGAUGUCAUAUUUUAAAUUUUCGCUACUUUUUUUUUAUUAUUAUUUCUGAGAUAUUGUAAUUGAAAAAAUUAUA